AACAGAGUACAAAACCUUGAGCCGCCUACUGCCAACCUUUCUGGGGAAAAAAAGCAGCUACCGAUAUUUAUAGGAGCAGGAGGAUUAUAGCUCCAUCGACCCUCCGUCCUGCUGCUGCGCAAACACAGGAAGGAAAGAUGGUCCCUGAGCCCUGUGAGCUUUUUAUUUAAAAUAGAAAAAAUAAAACAUAGAGCAAUGGAAAAAGAGAAAGCUGUAACCGGUCAGUGGGUUAAGCAGCAAACACCGCAUGGAGCAAAAUGCUUCGGAGCCUACGUUUUGUCUUCUCUCAGCCUGUCUCCAUCCUCCACCCACGCUCAGGCCGCCUCGAGGCACCGCUGGAAACAGCCCUGUAAACUGUCGGAUUCUGGGGGGCCAGGGGCAUUAUUUGCCCUAAAGAUUUGGGAACAGCCCAAUUAAAAAAAUCGCAAUUAUGGGAACGCAAUAGGAAAAUGAACUGCAAAGUAUCAAAUGCUGAGAGAAAACCGAGAGGGAUGAUCCAAGGCACCGAAUGUCUUCUGCAGAGGCCCUGAGCCAGGAGAGACGCCACUGAGGAGGCACGCCAUGGAUACGACCGGCCACAGCGUCCUCCUCCUCCAGCAGCUGAACAUGCAGCGGGAGUUUGGCUUUCUGUGUGACUGCACAGUUGCCAUUGGAGAUGUUUACUUCAAAGCCCACAGAGCGGUGCUCGCUGCUUUUUCGAACUAUUUUAAGAUGAUAUUUAUUCAUCAGACGAGCGAAUGCAUAAAGAUUCAGCCCACAGACAUCCAGCCCGACAUAUUUAGUUACUUGUUGCAUAUCAUGUAUACCGGGAAAGGGCCAAAGCAGACUGUCAGCCAGAGCCGACUGGAGGAGGGCAUCCGUUUUCUCCACGCAGACCACCUCUCCCAUAUCGCGAUUGAGAUGAACCAAGUGUUCUCCCCAGAGCCGGUCCAGUCUUCAAACUUGUACGGGAUCCAGAUCUCGACGGCACACAAACCGGUGAAGGAACGCCUGGGAGCAAAGGAGAGUCUGCCCCAGGCGGGCAGCCGGUCUGCCGCCCAGGGCGAUCACCCGCAGCUGCAGCUCUCUCUGGCCAUCGGCCUGGACGACAGCUCCCUGGACCAGCAGGUCACUCGCCCCUCCGCUCAACCCGCUGCUCUCACCAAGCCGGCAGAAGAGCAUCCGAAGCUCUCGGUCUCCAUAAAGCAGGAGAGGUGCGACUCGGAGCCUGUGGUGUCCCAGAGCCGCACCCCUCCUUCUCCGGAGAUAGCAAGCCCCAUCUUUGCUAAGGCCAGCCUCAAGGUGCACUUGUGUCACUACUGCGGGGAGCGUUUCGACUCCCGGGGGGGGCUGCGGCAGCACUUGCACACCCACGUCUCAGGUUCGCUGCCGUUCGGCGUGCCGGCCUCCAUCCUGGAGAGCAGCGACCUCGGGGAGGUGCAGCCGCUGGCUGAGGAGAGGGAGGCUGGGAACGGCCACCGGCUCGGGGCCUUCCUCCUCAAGGAGGACGAGCAUCAGCUGGAGCAUCCGAGCUGCAGCGACCUGGAGCCUCUGCAGAUCGGCCAGCUCUCCCUCAUCUCCAAGGACCACGAACCGGUGGAGUUGAACUGUAACUUUUCUUUCUCCAGAAAGAGAAAAAUCAGUUGCACCGUCUGCGGCCGCACGUUCUUCCGGAAGAGCCAGCUGCUUGAACACAUGUACAUGCACAGAGGGAAACAGCACAAAUACAGCCGCUGCCAGCGGCUGGAGAGCCCCGCGACCCCCAGGUUUCAUCCUUACUGUGACAGUGAGAGCGUGGGGAAGAGCUCCAGUUUAUCCCAAGGCCACUUAGAUGAAUGUAUACUGGAGUCGGAUCUCAUCCAAGAAAGCGUUGAUACGAUCCUGGUAGAGUAGUUCUCCCCGUGUAGCCUUCACACGCUGAAACUCUGGAUAUUUUGGCAUUUUCCACCUCGUGAGCGGCUGCUCUCUGCAGCUGAUUUUUCUUCAACCACCAUUCCUGUCACCUCUGAGAUAACUGUGAAGAACUACGUACUUUGAUUUGUGUACUUACUUUUUUACUUCUCUAACUUUUAAACUCAAGCUAAUUCCCACCUAAGUCCUUGGAAGCCUCCAUGUAUCUCGGUUACGUUUUUCGUAAAUGUGAACUUAUUCCCGCUCUGCUUUACUAGAGUUAAGACUGUAUUGCUGGGUGUGAGGUUUAAACAUUGUCUAAUAUGCUGCGCGGGGCCUGGGACUGUUUGUAUCCCAUAGAAUUGCUCUUCUGAAACUAGAUGGAGGGAAAUGUAGAGGGAAAUAUGUAUUGUGUUUCCCAAACAGUUUGGUUUUAAUUAAAAUAAAUAUCUCAAGGAGAUGAA